UAGCAAAGAUAACAACGGUGCGAGUAUUAUUGGCAUUAGCUGCAAGCAAAGGAUGGAAGCUUUGGCAGAUGGAUGUGAAGAAUGCCUUCCUACAUGGAGAGCUUGAUAGAGACAUCUACAUGGAUCAACCACAAGGAUUUGAAAGCAAGGUUCAUCCAGAGUAUGUGUGCAAGCUCAAGAAGGCAUUAUAUGGCUUGAAGCAGGCUCCAAGAGCAUGGUAUGGGAAAAUUGCAGAGUUUCUUGUACAAAGUGGCUACAGGUUAACAGCAUCAGAUUCGAGCCUAUUCGUCAAGCACACAGGAGGCAAGAUGGCUAUAGUACUGGUGUACGUUGACGACCUCAUCUUAACCGGAGAUCUCACUGAAGAAAUCCAGUGCACAAAAGAAAAUCUUUCAAUCCGGUUCCAGAUGAAGGAGCUUGGAGAAUUAAAGCAUUUUCUGGGGCUCGAAGUUGAGAAGACAAAGGAAGGUAUGUUCCUAUGUCAACAAAAGUAUGCAAAGGAUCUACUAGAAACAUAUGGGAUGUUGGAGUGCAAGCCACUAUCUACACCAAUGGAGCCCAACAUCAAGCUUCGUGCAGGAGAAGGGAAAGACUUGGAAAAUCCAAGGAUGUAUCGACAACUGGUAGGUAGUCUUAUCUAUCUAACCCUUACUCGUCCUGACUUGGCAUAUGCAGUUGGAGUAGCAAGCCGUUACAUGCAAAAUCCAAAGAAGCCACAUUUGGAAGCAGUUCGGCGGAUACUUCGAUAUUUAAAAGGAACUACAGAUUACGGUAUUCUGUAUCGUAAAGGUGAAAGAUGCCAAGUAACUGGGUAUUGCGACGCUGAUUACGCUGGAGAUUGUGACACGAGGCGAUCAACUACAGGUUACAUCUUUAGUUUGGGAACAGGAGCAGUGUCAUGGUGCAGUAAGAGGCAGCCUACCGUAUCACUCUCCACCACUGAAGCUGAGUAUAGAGCAGCAGCUAUGGCAGCUCAAGAAAGCACGUGGUUGAUGCAAUUACUGAGAGAUCUUCAUCAACCAAUUGAACAGGUAACACUUCAUUGUGAUAACAGGUCAGCAGUAUGUCUAGCAGAAAAUCCAAUGUUUCAUGCAAGGACAAAGCAUAUUGAGGUACACUACCACUUCCUAAGAGAAAAAGUGUUGCAAGGUGAGAUCCACAUGAAGCUGACGCCCACAGAAGAGCAAGUUGCUGAUAUCUUUACUAAAAGUCUCAGCACAAAGAAAUUUGAAGAUCUACGAGCACAGUUAGGAAUACUCAAGAAAGCAUCAAUUCAAGAAAAGUCAGUGCUGAGGGGGAGUGAUAAAGAAGCAGCACUUCCAUUAAGCUUCAUGAAGUUUCCCACCGCCAUUGACUCUUCUUGAACCUUCUCACCGACUCAAGCUUACCAUCCUACACAAUUAAUCUAGAACUCUCUGUCCACCGCCUCACACCACUAUAAAUAAGUGUGCUUCAUUGCUUAGCAAGACAAGAAAGCUAAUUGAGUGAAAAGCAAGAGUGAGAGUGAGUGUUAAGAGUGAGAGUGAGUAUAGUGUGAGAAAAAUUAGAGUGAGAGAAAGAGAGUGUCUUAUAAUAUAUUUCAAAUAACUAAUAAAAUUAAGUU